AGAACGGGCCAACUGCCGUCCCGCCGGGUUCGGCGUCCCUCUGGGACGCAGGGAAAGGCGUCCCGGAGUGCAGGGCGCGUUGUGGCAGCUCCGGGCCUUGUGGCCUCGUGGCUGACCCGCCGGGGCUCCGCGGAACGCGGGUAGUGUCACUCGCUGGGCGCCCUCCGUGGCGGCCCGGCCGGUCCUGUGAGCCUGGCUGGGGGCAAGGAGCGCAGGCCGCUGCCUGCUGCGGGCACGGGAGCGCGAUUUUCUGUUUUUUUCUCUUCUGGAAAAAGAAUAAUAGUAGCCCGGUGUGGCCGCGGUGAGGGGAGCGGUGGGGGCUGUGUGGCCUCAGGAUGGCUGGGGCCGUCUUUCUUCCCAGCUGCUUUGGAGGGGGUUGAGUCCUCCUGCAGUUGCUGGGCCAGUUCAGAGGCCUGAACUCAUCAAUGAGUACAUCUGGUGUGCGAGUUGAAAAAUACUGAUGUGAAAUAACAGUUUCUGUCUGAAGCAGGAGCAGGUUUGUUCUGUUCUGUGUUUUUUCUCUAGCCCUGCAGAGAAGGACUUGGGAAUAGUGGUAGAUGAAAAUUGGACAUGAGCUGGCCAUGUGCACUUGCAGCCCAGAAAGCCAGCCAUAUCCUGGGCCGCAUCAGAAGCAGCAUGACCAGCAGGUCGAGGGAGGUGAUUCUGCCCCUCUGCUCUGCUCUCCUGAGACCCCACCUGGAGUGCUGCGUCCAGCUCUGGGGGCCCCGGUACAAGACACGCGUGGACCUGUUGGAGCGAGUCCAGAGGAGGGUCACGACAAUGAUCAGAGGGCUGGAGCACCUCUCCUGUGAGGACAGGCUGAGAGAGUUGGGGUUGUUCAGCCUGGAGAAAAGAGGGCUCCAGGGAGACCUUAUUGCAGCCCUUCAAUACUUAAAUAGUAUAAGAAAGACGGAGAGAGACUUUUUCCCAGGGCCUGUAGCAACAGGACAAGGGGCAGUGGUUUUAAACUGAAAGAGGGUAGGCUUAGAUUAGAUGUAAGGAAGAAUUUUUUUUCUGAUGAGCGUGGUGAGGCACUGGAACAGGUUGCCCUGAGAAGUUGUGGAUGCCCCAUCAUUGGCAGUGUUCAAGGCCAGGUUGGAUGGGGCUUUCAGCAACCUGAUCUAAUGGAAGAUGUCACUGCCCAUGCAGGGGGGGGUUGGACUUGAUGAUCUCUUCCAGCACAAACCGUUCUGUGGUUCUACAGUUGUAAUAACGAACAAAACACUACAGAACAGCACAUUGUGUAAAUGAAGCUGUAUUCUGUGAAUAGUACAUGUCUGAAUUUAACUUUGUUAAAUACAAUGUGAGUGAGCUGAGAGGUUGAUAUGGAUUUAGGUCUGGAAUUAAAAACUAGCAAUUCAGGCUUGGCUGCAUUUGUAUUGCUGGCAUUGGGGGAUGUCAGUUGUAGAUCUCAGUACUGGCUGCAUCUUCAGAUGUUGCUAGCAACUGGGGACUAAUUUUCAGUCUAUGUUUAAGCAUUCUCUUGCCUCAUGGAGAGGUGUAGCUUGCUGCAACCAGGAAUGUCCAUCCUCCUAGGAAGCUGGUGAUGUGGAUUUGCUCCUGCAGGCCUAAGGUGACUGUAGGUUACUGUUGAGGUACAGGCUGUUACAGGAACUGCUGAUGAAACACUCUGCCCUGGAGUUGGUGAAUCAGUGAUGGUGUCCUGCAUACUACUGCACAGGAGAACUCAGUACUGCAUGUAAAUACCAGAACUGGAGUUUAAGUUUCAUGAUAAGGGAUCUGUUUUUGCUAAACCUGGCCGUUCAAGAUACAGUAUGGAGAUGCUGACAGAAGGACAGAGGCUGAGACGUGGGCCACUGCCACUGCGUGGAACAUGCCCAAGAAAGGAGGGAAGCAUGCUGAAAUGGGAAAAGAAAUGCAGACAGAGUGUAAACGAGCAAAGAUGGAAACAGCUUGCUCUCCGUCAGUCAUGAGUUUUGAGAGCCCAGACAGCCUCUUUGGAAGCUUGAUCUCUCCCAUCAAACAAGAGAUAUUUUUCAGGGAGUAUUGGGAACAAAAGCCACUGCUUGUUCAGAGAAAUGAUCCCCUGCAGGCUGCUUACUACCAGUCCCUGUUCCAGUUGUCAAAUUUGAAGGAACUGUGCAGCCAGGGUCUAUACUAUGGGCGAGAUAUAAAUAUCUGCAGAUGUGUGAAUGGAAAAAAGAAAGUUUUAAAUAAAGAAGGCGAAGUGAAUUACAUGCAGCUGAAGAAGGAUUUUGACCAGAAAAAGGCAACAAUACAGUUUCAUCAGCCUCAGAGAUUUAAGGAGGAGCUGUGGAAGAUUCAGGAGAAGCUGGAGUGCUACUUCGGGUCUCUGGUUGGGUCGAAUGUUUACAUUACUCCCCAGGGGUCGCAGGGCCUUCCCCCUCACUACGAUGAUGUUGAGGUGUUUGUCCUUCAGCUAGAAGGCGAGAAACAUUGGCGACUCUAUAAACCAACGGUGCAUUUAGCUCGGGAAUAUAAUGUUGAAUCAGAAGAUAGGAUUGGGAAUCCCACACAUGAGUUUAUAUUAAAGCCAGGUGACUUACUGUACUUUCCAAGAGGAACUAUUCACCAAGCUGACACUCCUCUUGGGAUCUCCUAUUCUACACACGUGACCAUCAGUACCUACCAAAACAAGUAAUUUUUCUUUGCUUU